GUCUCCGUAAGAAAAGAGGAUCCAGCCGGCCUAUCCCUCCGCAGGCAUCGCAGGCUAAGUUUGCGACACCAAGAUGAUAGAGCUACCCAAAGCAUGUUGGGCAUCCCCGAAGGCUUUCGUCCUGGCAGGCAUCCUUUUGAGCUGCGCCUUCAGUCUGGGAGUGGCCGAGAGAAAGGUUUCCCUGAUCCUGGAGCCGCCAAGACCUCAAGUGGGGCAGAACGUCACCAUCGCCGUGCGGGGAGGCCCCCAACGGUUCGCGCUGUGCGAGUGGUCCCGGGAACCUCGUAACGGGGAACCAGAAGCCAUCCUUGAAUAUAUCCCAGGCUCGUCCCCCCAGGAGAGAAAAGGCAGCGGCCACAGCGGGCGGGAGACGGUGAGAGCCGAUUGCUCCUUGCACAUCGCCAAUCUGAGACCAUCCGACACGGGGAACUAUUCCAUCAUCUUCGAAGAAUCGGAUCAGAGACCGGGUCAACAGCCAGAUGAGUUCUACGUAGGCUCUGUUCAUCUAGAAGUGUCUGUGAACUUCUCCGUUGUGCGAACCGGUUUGUGGUUCGCGGAGUUCGGCCCACCCAAGAAGGUGUCUCCCACGAACCUCACGAACCUCUAUGGAAAAGAUCGAGCAUGA